AACGCCGCUGCAGAUGGAACAAGCAGCGAGGGCGGCUGCAGCGCCGGAAUCGCCAACGAAAUCGUUUCCUCGAGUGGCGCGGUCAUGGCGGACGGAAUUUUCUCCGCCGGACUUAUGAAAUCUUCAUACCAAAUCGCGGGACGAGAAGCCGGAACGAAACAAGGAGAAUGUUGUUUCCGGCAAAAAGUGAGGCGAUCUGCUCGAGCUGCCCGUGCGGCCAACGGCUUCGACCUUGGCCGCGGCGAUGAUGAUGUUGGUAAAGAUACCGGCAGCCUCGGCGACGACGAUGGUGUCGGUGGGGAUAGCGACAACAGAUACGAACAAUUCUUCGCCGGAUACGGAAAUUGA